CGGUCUGCGUCUGCGCGCAGUUCAAAACAGGUUAAAACGAGACCCAGUGCUAAAAAGAAGAGGGAAUACUAAAAAACCCUAGAAGGCAACCCAACAAAUCCGUUGUACUCGUGAGUGUCUUUGUGUUGUGUCCGAGAAAAGAUAAAGAAACAUAAAAGAAAAAAAAACUGCAACAAGAAACGUUUAAAUAAAUUGUUCACAGUUGUGCAUUUUUUACGAGUCGAGUCGAACAGUUCGUUUUUAUCAUCUCCAUGCCAUUGAGCCAUUGAGCAAUUUGCUGAGAGGCAUUUCUGUUUUCAAUAAGGAAUAAAUAAUUAAAUUUUUCCAAAAAUUAACAAACUGAAAAGGAAACCCGAACCGACAUAGACCCCUUAUCACAAUGUCCACCAGUCCAUCCUCCUGCGAUUGUUUGGUGGGGGUGCCCACGGGCCCUACCCUCGCCUCCACCUGCGGCGGCAGCGCCUUCAUGCUCUUCAUGGGCCUUCUCGAGGUCUUCAUACGCUCCCAAUGCGAUCUGGAGGAUCCAUGCGGACGGGCCAGCACGCGGUUUCGAUCGGAGCCGGACUACGAGUACGAUUUCAUUGUCAUUGGCGGCGGCUCUGCUGGCUCUGUGGUUGCCUCACGUCUCUCCGAGGUGCCCCAGUGGAAGGUGUUGCUGAUCGAAGCCGGUGGCGACGAACCGGUGGGUGCACAGAUCCCCUCCAUGUUCCUGAAUUUCAUUGGCAGUGACAUUGACUAUCGCUACAACACGGAGCCCGAGCGGAUGGCCUGCCUGUCCUCCAUGGAGCAGCGCUGCUACUGGCCCCGUGGCAAGGUCCUGGGUGGCACUUCGGUGAUGAAUGGCAUGAUGUACAUACGCGGCAAUCGCGAGGACUACGACGAUUGGGCCGCACAGGGAAAUCCGGGCUGGAGUUACCAGGAUGUGCUGCCGUUCUUCAAGAAAUCAGAGGACAAUCUCGAACUGGAUGCCGUGGGCACAGAAUUUCAUGCCAAGGGUGGUCUGCUGCCCGUGGGCAAGUUCCCCUACACCCCACUGUCUUAUGCCCUGCUGAAGGCCGGCGAGGAGAUGGGCUUCGCGGUGCAGGAUCUAAACGGACAGAACUCGACAGGCUUCAUGAUUGCCCAGAUGACGGCUAGGAAUGGCAUUCGCUACAGCUCUGCCAGGGCUUUUCUGAGACCCGCACGCAUGCGCAACAAUCUGCACAUAUUGCUGAACACCACCGUGACCAAGGUGCUCAUCCAUCCGGGCACCAAGAACGUUGUGGGCGUGGAAGUCAGCGAUCAGUUUGGCAGCAUGCGCAAGAUCCUUGUCAAGAAGGAAGUGAUCGUCAGUGGUGGUGCUGUCAACUCCCCACAGAUUCUGCUGCUGAGUGGCGUCGGACCCAAGGAGGAUCUGCAAAAGGUGAAUGUCCGUCCAGUCCAUCAUCUGCCAGGCGUGGGCAAGAACCUCCACAAUCAUGUGGCUUACUUCACGAACUUCUUCAUCGAUGAUGCGGACACGGCGCCCCUCAACUGGGCCACGGCCAUGGAGUACUUGCUCUUCCGCGAUGGCCUGAUGUCGGGCACUGGCAUUUCCGAUGUCACCGCAAAAAUGGCCACCCGCUGGGCCGAUCGCCCCAAUCUGCCCGAUCUGCAGCUCUACUUUGGCGGCUACUUGGCCAGCUGUGCCCGCACCGGACAGGUAGGCGAGCUGCUCUCGAACAACUCCCGAUCCAUACAGAUAUUCCCGGCUGUACUCAAUCCCAAGUCCCGUGGUUACAUUACCCUGCGCUCGGCCGAUCCCCUGGAUCCCCCACGCAUCUUUGCCAACUAUCUGACGGAUGAGCGUGAUGUCAAGACCCUGGUGGAGGGCAUUAAAAUCGCCAUAAGGCUAUCUCAGACCUCGCCCCUGAAGCAGUAUGGCAUGAGGCUGGACAAGACCGUCGUGAAGGGCUGUGAGUCGCACACCUUCGGUAGCGAUUCCUACUGGGAGUGCGCGGUCCGUCAGAACACCGGGCCGGAGAAUCAUCAGGCGGGCUCCUGCAAAAUGGGUCCCUCCCAGGAUCCCAUGGCGGUGGUCAAUCACGAGCUGAGAGUCCAUGGUGUGCGCGGGCUGCGUGUGAUGGACACCAGCAUUAUGCCCAAGGUGACGGCGGGCAAUACCCAUGCACCGGCCGUGAUGAUUGCCGAGAAGGGCGCCUAUCUGCUGAAGCGUGCCUGGGGCGCCAAGGUCUGACGUGUGGAUGCGACGUGGACGUUGCAUAGAGUAAUUUAAUCAAAUUCCAACGAAAAUUACUACAAAUUCAAAUUUAAGCGAAAAUUAUUAUUAAGGAAAAAACUCAACAUUUUUCUCUACUAAUUUUAAAACCUUUUUGGCCUGAUCCGAUACGAUCUGAACCCAUUCAACUCCAACUCUAAGCACUCUGCGUUGCGCAAUCUACGACUCCGACAUUGACUCUCGAUAAGUUUAACCGUUUAACAGUAUCAACCUACUAUUAUUUAAACUAAUUCUUGUGAAAACCAACCCAUUGAAAUAUCCAAAUUUCCAAUAUGGGUCUCUCUCUCUCUCUCUCUGUUUCUAUAUAAUACUUGUAUUUAUUGUUCGAUUAAAGUGCAACAACUAUUUAGUUUAAA